AUGGGUAAGACACGUGGUAUGGGAGCUGGGCGCAAGCUCAAGACCCACAGAAGGAACCAGAGGUGGGCUGACAAAGCCUACAAGAAGAGCCAUCUUGGCAACGAGUGGAAGAAACCCUUUGCUGGUUCAUCUCACGCAAAGGGAAUCGUCCUUGAAAAGAUUGGCAUUGAGGCUAAGCAGCCUAACUCUGCUAUCCGUAAGUGUGCUCGUGUCCAGCUGGUGAAGAACGGGAAGAAGAUUGCUGCCUUUGUGCCAAACGAUGGUUGCUUGAACUACAUCGAGGAAAACGAUGAGGUGCUGAUUGCAGGGUUCGGUCGUAAGGGCCACGCUGUGGGAGAUAUUCCCGGUGUCCGUUUCAAGGUCGUGAAGGUCUCUGGCGUUUCCCUGCUCGCCCUCUUCAAGGAGAAGAAGGAGAAGCCAAGAUCUUAA